UUUUCAAUGGCGACCAAAACAAGGGGUGUUGAGUGCAACUGAGGAUUUCCACAUCAUGUCGCAAUGACUUGACAGCAUGGCAGUGGCAGCGGUUCUUGAAUUUAGCGGAAACAAACAUUGCUUCCUUACGCCGUCUCAAGUUCUUGUGAAAAACGCUGGUGAAAAGGAUGAGGUGAAAGUGUACGAGUUGAAGUUUGGUCACAGUGGCCAUGUGUACCUGAGCGUGUCAAGGGAGACAAGUGCUGCACUGCCCGGUGAUGUGGUGGAGCUCAAUGGCUUGUACGCCAACAAACUGGGCCUCAAGAGUGGGGAGGAGGUGAUCCUGAAGGCACUGAGGAACCCUGGGACUGCUCGUCGUGUGUCAGUCGAACCACAGUCCGUGGAUGAUUGGGAGAUCCUGGAGCAGCACACAGUGUUUGUGGAGACACACAUGCUGGACCAGGUGCGUGUGGUGUGGCCGGGGCAGGUGCUCCCUCUCUGGGUGUCCAAGUCCGUCUGUAUUUUCCUCAUUGUUGUGAGCGUGGACCCAUCCUCAUCUUAUGCCGUACUAGACAAUGCCACUGAGGUUAUCGUGGCCCCCAAGAUCAGGAACCAUGCUGCAGAUGCCAGAAGGUCAUCCCAGGAAAGGAAAAAGUCUGGUCAAGAGGAUGGCAAAAGACCGGAAUCAUCUCUCCGACAGAGGAAAAGUAAGAGUGACCCCUACCCGGGUAUGUAUGCCGGCAACACGCAGGCCAACCUGAAGGAACUGGGGAGGAAGAUGUCUCUAGCCAACGAGACCGAGAGACGCGGACCCAGACGUCUCAUUAAACGUCAGUCGUCUAUGAUGGAGCAUUUCUGGGCAUAUAUGUAUUCGUGGUUACCGAUCAGUGACUAUUACACGUCCGACAAGGAGACGGAGAAAACGUCGUUCGAGAUAGAGGAGAAGGAAACGUUUGUCUUACAACGACACAAUUUUGUGUUCCGGACUCAGGCAAUGAAGUUUUUGUGCAAUCCGGAAGAGUUGUUGAAGACCUCAGUGCUACAGAACAUGCCAAAGUCUUUAUCCAGAGCCAAGGCUCGUAAGAAACACCAGAUGAAGAAUGCACCGUCAACUCUGGAUCCAGAAUUCCAGCCUGACAAGCAGAACACAGGCAAGGAGCAAAGUUCAGCCACCCCAGAACUGUUUCAACCGUCGAUGGUGUUUGUUAAAGUUGAUGAUGUUUUAAAACAAACUGAGACUAACUUUGUGCAGGCCAACCUCCCCCGAGUCUUCUAUGCUCAACUGAGGAAGCUUUCUUCUCCCAAAGAAACGGGUACGGAGGAAAAAAAGAAAUCGGACGUGAAACGGACAAUGUCUGCUGGAGGUGCUGAUAAGAGAGGUGCCAAGCCUCCUGUCGGGAGGGCCCCCGAAACGUCGGAAAGUGAUGGGGAGGGGGAUGUCUGUGCCAUCGUGCGUGUUGUGACCAUUGAGAGACAAGGAUCGCUGUGUGACAGUCGCUGGACAAACUGUGUCGAGAGACUGCUCCAGGAGCAGCCAUUUCUCAGUGGGCAUGUCAUAGUCCCCGACCUUUUGAGACGGCAGAUGAAACUGGAUGUAACUGGACGAGUCUGGUUGCAGACAGUCCAGUCCGAGCCGGUUACAGUGAGGAAGCUGCAGCUUUUCCCACUGUCUGUUGUGCCCCGUCGUGUCAGCCCACAUAUGAUUGUGCUGGCCUUCAAGACGUGGGUGCGACACUGUACAGAUGAGGAACACUCGCUGGUUGUGUUCCAGGGCAUCAUGGUCAAGUUCAUGAUUUAUGCAGGCCUUCACCUUGAGGCACAGUUGACCUUCACCCCUGUUGAGAAUGAUGGCCGGCAGCAGUACAUGUUCCUCCACUCCGAGAACAUUGACAACAUGGUGAUCGGGGUGCAGAAGGAUGUUCCCAAAGACGACACCAUCAUCAGCCCCUUCCUGCCCUUCCGAUUUGUGUCGGACUUUGACCCGAUGGUCCCGGUCAUACAACUGAGACACCUGGGUGGAAUCGACAAACUGGCGGAGCAAGCACUGUACCACCUAGAGGCUUGUCUUGGUGCCCGGAAGCUGUCCAAGACCAUGUUCUCCAGCAGCCCUGGGCUGCAUAAUGGCAUCCUGCUGAUCACUGGGCCAAAGGGAUCGGGGAAGACUUCCUUCGGGAAGGCCCUCUGUAGGCAGUUAGCCGAACUACCUGUGAUGGCACAGACUGCCGUCAUUGACUGUAAGCCUCUCAGAGGUAAGCGUGUUGAGAACAUGCAGAAAGUGCUGGAGAACCUUUUUGAUGAGGCAGCAUGGCGGCAGCCGGCAGUCAUCUUCCUCGACGACCUGGACGUCAUCGCAGGGGCUGCUUCUGGUCCGGAAGCUGAGAUGUCCGGGGAAGCCCUGUAUGCUGCUAAAGUGGCCGAGAUGAUUCAGAGUUUGGUGAAGUUUGAGAUCAACAACGACAGCCACAUAGCAGUGAUUGCCACCAGCCAAUCAACUGCUUCCUUACAUCCUAGUCUGAUGUCGUCGCGAGGAGCCCACUUCAUCCAGGAGACGGUCUCAAUCAAUCCCCCGGACAAGGUGGGGAGGAGAGAGAUCAUGUCUUCCAUUAUCAGGAACAAGACGUGCGUUUCUUCAGCAACAUUCAACGCCAUAAAUAUGGACGACAUCAUCAACAAGACAGAAGGCUUCGUAGCUCGUGACCUGGAACAUGCUGUCAACAGGGCCAUUCAUGCCAAGUUCCUUGUGGAUGCCUCGGUCAACAAGAACGAGGAGAUGUGCCUGACGCAGGUGGAGUUUGAUGUCGCCCUGGAGGGGUUCCGCCCAGCGUCUCUCAGGAACGUCCAGCUCCAUGUGGCCGGGGACCGCGGCUGGGAGGACAUUGGUGGACUGACGGAGGUGAAGAAGAUGCUGAUGGAGACGCUGCAGUGGCCGUCCAAGUACCCGCAACUGUUCCUGAACUGUCCGCUUCGUCUGCGGUCGGGGCUGUUGCUGUAUGGAGCUCCAGGGACUGGGAAGACGCUGCUGGCGGGGGUCGUUGCUAAGGAGUGUGGCCUCAACUUCAUCAGCAUCAAGGGGCCGGAGUUACUCAGCAAGUACAUUGGCGCCAGUGAGCAGGCAGUACGAGAUCUCUUCACAAGAGCUCAGAGUGCCAAGCCCUGUAUUCUAUUUUUUGAUGAGUUUGACUCCAUUGCACCAAGACGAGGACAUGACAGUACCGGAGUGACGGACCGCGUCGUCAACCAGCUGCUGACACAGCUGGACGGAGUCGAAGGCUUGGAAGGUGUGUACGUGCUCGCAGCCACAAGUCGGCCAGACCUCUUGGACCCUGCACUGCUUCGACCGGGUAGACUGGACAAGUGUCUCAACUGUGGGCUGCCCAAUGAGAGUGAGCGAGUCGAGAUUCUGAAAAGCCUGACAAGAAAAAUGACACUGGCUGACGAUGUGAACUUUACGACUAUUUCCAAACAAGCUGAGUAUUUCACCGGGGCGGACUUCAAAGCCCUGCUCUACAAUGCUCAGCUUAAGGCUAUCCACGAAGCCACAUACACCAACUCCCCGAGAGACUCCCCUCGGUCAGCCAGCUUGCACACACCAGACAACAAGUCAAAGGGAGGCAACUCUUUCAGCUUUGACGUCCAGCCUGGCUUCGAGAAGACGAUUGUAAAUGACUCGUUCAACAAGACCGUUCUUAGCCCAGUGAAUGAGGAGAAGGGUUUUGUUAAGGCGGUGUCGUUCAGCGCGGAGAGAGCAGCGUCUGGGAAGGUUGGUGUGAAGGAUGUUCCGAGGAGGAAGAAGUCCAGCAAGUUGUUGCCCAGUGUGACGGGGGCGGCGGACAUUACGCCCAUGCAGCGGGUGACGUUCAUCCCCAAGUUGGAGGACGGGCCUGUCGACCUGGUUCAGGAGGACGAGGACAAGAUGUUGACCAUGAUUCAGGAAAUCUAUCGUCGGGAAAACGUGAAACUUAAAAGUGAUGAUCAACGCGAUCAGCUGGAACCAGACACAAGUCAUCACAUGAUCACUGUCAACCAAUCACAUCUGGUCACAGCUCUGGAAGGGAUGCGGCCCUCGGUUUCAGCAGAUGAGAGACAGAAAUACAAAAACAUUUAUGAAAACUUUGUGUCCUCUCGAAGUGGAGAUUUUGCUGCUGGGUCCCCGACUGAGGGCAAGAGAGCAACCCAUGCGUGAUGUCCUGGUGUAAUAUUCUUGACACAGUGAUGAGCCAGCAAGAUAAUACAACUGAUUUUAUGUCAGAUUUGCCAAAUCAAUCAAUUUCCAAAGAUUUGAUUAUGGUCACAGUGCGUCAUGGGGAAAGUUUGUGUUUUGUGGCGCUAUGUAAGUAACUGUCAAUUAGUGUAUAUAUUGUAACAUUUUACCAGAACCCUGCUGUUUUAGUAGUCAGAAAUAUUGAGACAUGAACAGCAUAUUUUUUAAUAUGUGUUUAUUAUGUUUAUUUUGCUUCAUCCUUGUAUUGAAUGUUGUGAGAGAUAUAAUUAAUCAAAAACCAUAUUGUGAACAAGAUGGUGUGGAAAAAUCAUGUCAAGUGAAAGUUUUUUUGCUCUUCUUAUUUAGAAUCUUCAUCGUAUUAAAUUCUUGUUCCAAUAAAUGCCCCUGGCCAUCUUCUGGA